AUGAGCCCAAAAGAGAGCAAAAUCAGCAGAUUCAUUAAAGCCCCCAUUAGGGUUUUGUCCAAAGCCAGGGAUUUAUAUGUUAAAAGCAUGUUGAGUUGCGCUGGAGAAUUCACUCAUGCCAGCGCCAUGGGGUGUCCAGCCCCGCAAAUCACGAGUUUACCUAGAAGUUUCAGUGUUAACUCAUCAGUGUCAAGCUCCGAUGAAGACUUCCGGGAACUUGUCAGGGCUUCUUCUACCCGGAGUCUCCCCGGAAAAAUCCAGGCAGAGAUUCUCCGGUCUAAACAAUCAUCUGGAGCGCUAAAGGUUGUGCCUCGUUCACAUAGUAUUGCUAUUGGGAGGAUUGAUGAAGAGAAACCCUGUGAAUUUGUGGAAGACUUGGCGAUAAACCCGAAAUUGUAUCCAAGAAGUAGAAGCUAUGCACCUUCCAGCAGAAGUAAAAUGUUCUGA